AUGUCAUUUUUCAGUUCACAUCUGGGGUCGUCCUCUGGAAAGCAGAAGGAUGGGAAUAGGAAAAGAUCUUCGUCAAUCAAGCAAGCAUUUGCAUCCAUCUUAGGAGCUAGCGGGUCAAAAAGUAGUGGUUCUACCCUUUCAAGGUCAAACAGUAAUGGACGUUCCGCAAGUGUACCAAGCUCUAAUAGCGCUCGUAGGGCAUCUUCCAGACGGCCCAGUGGCGCAUAUGGCACUUCUGCUAUGCCUGCAGGAUUCAGUCCGAUGAUGGCCUUUGGAACGCCGUAUUCUAUCUAUGGAUAUCAAGAUUACGGAGCCCCACAGAACGAAUUAGCGAUGUCUUCGGAAGAAGGAACUGAUAACGAAAUUGACGAGGAUCAAGGAGAUAGCAGUCUGUUGGAUUAUAGCCUUGGAGGCAACGAUUCUGAUGGAGACCUAGGCAAUGACAUCUACACAUCAUCUUUACAACCGAGCAGAUUUCAGAGUCAGCCUAAUCGUAGAAUGUCUAAUGAUGACGAACGUGGUGGACCUUUCUCUGUGGUAAGCGAUGAUGAAGAUGAUGAUGAAUAUGACGGUCCAGACAAUGAAAACGAUGGAGAUGAUGAAGGUGAUGAUGAUGACUUUGAGGAGAAUUGUUUGGGCAGGAGGAUUACAAGGGUAUCGACCGCUUUCAGUGCGACUGGUUCGCAGAUCAGCAACACCGUCGUGAACAGGAAAAAAACUGCCAAAACGUGUUUGCUAAAUUACUUGGCUGACCGUGGAUUAUUAAGACCAAGACUUCUUUCUUCGAAGAAUGGUGUUACCUUCCACGUUGCCACUUCCGGUGAUAACAUAUUUUUACCUACUAUCUCGCCAACUGACGAUGAAUACUUAAAUCAUUUGAGCAGACUUAAUGAUGAUGAUGAUGAUGGUGCAUUUGGUGAUGCGUUAGAACGUUUAGCUACCAGGGAUCCUUCUGAGUUCUCAAGAUCAGACGUUGUUCCUACAGGAAGCCAUUCUACAAUUUUUGCGAAUAGGGAAAACGAAUCCUUGGCGACAGGAAAUUCAGAAUUUGCCUCUUCUAACCCGGUGCAAUCAUCGCUAACUGAAGAGACUGGUAAUGGUAACACAACCAACAUUGAACCAACAGAUAGCUAUACAGCCAUGGAUGAUGACUCACCUGCCGCUGAUAGCGAAAAUAUACCAUACAACAUUGCUGUUAUAAUGUCUCUCAAGAAACAAAUGGAACUUUCAAGUGUAAAAGCCGAAUUAUACUCGAGGGUAAGAGUAUACUGGAGUAAUGGUCUUCCUCCUGAUAAAAUGGAAACAGAAGAAUACUACACUGGUGGACAUUUGGAUUGGGAAUUUAAUACCGAUAAUUACAACCUAUAUGUUGGGUUUUCUGCAGCUGAUCAAGAGUUGGUAAUAAUUGAAAAUACACAAAAUUUAUGCAGAAGAAAGAAUUUUAAAAACAUUCAGGAUUUUGGCGACAGACCUUAUCUCAAGAAGCAAAAGACCAAAGAUAAUUUCCUCAAAGAUAUAAACGAAGCUUCUGAUACCAACUCGUGCACGUUUCAGCCGGGUGAUUAUAUUUUUAUUGUCCCCGUUGUAUUUGCUAAUAAUAUUCCUGAGACCAUCUGUCUACCAUCUGCUAGAGUAAAUUAUCAUUUUAGGUGUGCUGCCAAAGUCAUUAACUCGGAUAAUACUGAUAGUGCUAAUAACGAUUCCACAAAAAGUAACGAUAAUGAUAGCGGGCUAUCAAAUAAUGGAACCGGCAGCACUCUGGCAUUCCAAUCAAAUUCUAACGAUGACUCAAAUCCUCCUUCAUCUGCUGGUGAUGGUACUACAAGUCAUUUCAAGUUUGGAGGUGGUAAGCUUUUCAAGAAAAUGAAAAACCACUUACACUUACCUUCCUAUCAUGGAAUCUCUAAGACAGAUUAUCAAAAGAUGGUAUAUAGCCAUAUGGCACUAAAUCUUGUUAGAACUCCUCCGCUGAGAUCCAUUUCUACUGCUGAUAAACCCAUCUAUAUUAACAGAAUAUGGACUGAUUCGCUUUCGUACGAAAUAUCAUUCGGACAGAAAUAUGUCCCAUUAGACGUUGAGAUUCCUUUGAAACUAAAAUUGGUUCCACUAGUGAAACAUCUAUCCGUUAAAAGGAUAAGGAUAUGUGUUGUUGAAAAAAUUACAUAUGUUUCCAAAAACUUACAGUAUGAGUUUGAUCAAGUUGAAUUAGUUGCGAAUGAUCCUUACAGUCCAUAUUAUCCGGAGUUCUCUUCUAGGCGAAAGCCGGAGCGUAUACUACCAUUGUUGGAAAUAAGAACAAGAGAUAAAGGUGGCAGAGCCAUGAAAGAGGAAAUUGUUGAAAAUUGUAAAUCUGAUAACUUACUUUGCUAUUCUACAGUCAGAGAUGAGAACACGAACUCCAAUGUUGAAAUGGUAGAAGCAUUGACAAUAGACACUAAGCUUAAAUUCCCCAAAUAUAAACUCCUUAACAAAAAGUCAGCACGGAGUGUUCCACCUUAUGGUAUUGAUGAAUUUACCCAACUAGAGAACAUAAAAUCCAACUCCACGUCUCGUCGCGGUAGCACAACAUCUGGUGUAAUUGAUUUCUUAUCGGGUAGAAAAAGCAGAAAGAAUUCAUCGAUCAGUAACAAUUUAGAUUUACCGAAACCUACCACCAAAUUCAGAACCAACUCUAAUUUACCCAUUGUCAAUCAUACCCGUCUAAAUGAACCUAAACGUGGCUUGUAUGCAAGCAGUGUCAACUUUAGCCAUAUCAAUGUAAAGCACAAACUUGAGAUAAUGUUGAGGAUCAGUAAACCUGAUGCAACAGAUCCAACCAAACAAAGACACUUUGAAGUUCUAAUCGACACUCCUGUUCACGUUGUUUCCGAACUUUGCACAUCGGAUAAUCUUGAAUUACCCACUUACGCAAUGGCCACAAUGUCACACCCUGAUAAGGACACAACCAUAAGUUUCCAUGAACCUUUACCAAGUUUUGAAGAAGCCAUAUCAGUUCCGAAUUCGCCCCGUGUAUCGCCUAUCGGCACACCGCAAUUAAGAGCAACCUACGAUCCGGAUGAUUUAUCUAUUCAACAAUUGAUGCUUUCUCGGGCUUCUACGCAGAACGUAGAUGAUCUACAAUCUGCAUCUUCAGUCGCUAGACGCUAUAGUAAUAUUGAUGAGAUGAUGGGUCAAUCUGGACUAACUACAGCAAGAUCACCAAAUCCUGGACCGACAGUCACGUUCAAGGAAUCUUUUAUGAAGCAAGGAAUGAAAGCAGAGAGUUCCCUAGAGGAAAGCUUAGAUAGUGACAGUGAAGAUGCAGAAGCCAUACUAUCCGAUGAUGAACCACCCACUUAUGAAGAAAUUACACCUCUCAUGUAA